UCAACAGCUGUUCUCUUCUUCCUUUAAAAGCUCAUCAUCUCUUCCCUCCCCUGUGAAGAGGAAAGUUGAGUACAUGUCUAUCCGAAAGUUGGUAAUGGCAUUAGAAGCUGUUGUAUUCUCUCAGGGACUGUUCGGUUACGCUUGCAAGGAGAGCUGCACCACUCCUGGCGGAGGGGCAUGUGGCUAUGACCUUGGAGAUGUUAGCAUGGAGGCGAAGAGUUCGAUGCUUGAUGGGGAUAUGGAUCGAACUCGGUACCCAUCUUGUUCCGACUUGGUGCAAGACUUGGAGGGCUGGCACGCGAACUAUUCGACAGCGGAAGGUCAGGAGGAAGCGCCGGCCGAGGGCAAGGCCACCGAGGUGGUCAGCCGGAGGAAGCGGCCACGCACCAAGGGCAUCAAGAACAAGGAGGAGGUGGAGAGCCAGAGGAUGGUCCACAUCGCUGUGGAGCGCAACCGACGUAAGCAAAUGAACGAAUACCUCGCCGUGCUCCGAUCUCUGAUGCCUCCCUCCUAUGUCCCAAGGGGUGAUCAAGCAUCGAUCGUUGGGGGCGCAAUCAAUUACGUUAAGGAACUUGAGCAACUCCUGCAAUCGAUUCAAGUGCAGAAGCAACUCGAGCAGCGAGCAGACACUGAUGGGUUCGCUUCUCCUUUCGCCGACUUCUUCAACACCCCACAGUACUCGUCCUGCUCCUUUAAUGGGGGUACUAUCAGCAGGAACCAGAAUGGUGUCGCCAACGUCGACAAGGACUACAGCGGUAACGAAGUUAUGGUGGUGAAACGGUCAGCCAUGGCGGACAUUGAGGUGACGAUCGUAGAGAGCCAUGUCAACCUCAAGGUGCUCUCGAGGCGGCACCCCAAGCAGCUGUCGAAGCUGUUGACAUGGCUGCAGAAUCUGCGGCUCACGCCACUGCACCUGAAUGUAACCACUGCCAAUGAGAGGGUUCUCUACUCCUUCAGUCUCAAGGUGGAGGAUGACUGCUCAUAUGCUUCAGUGACUCAGAUUGCAGCUGCUGUAUGUGAAAUGAUAGGGAGGAUUCGAGAAGAGAACAUUGGACUGUCUUAAUCCCUUCCACAUAUAUGCUCUUUUCUCAUUUAGAGAAGAAAAGAUUGUGCUGUUUUAAGGCUGCUAUCUCUUUGUUCUAACAAAAAGACAACUUGGUCAUCUAAAAUCCAGAGCAAUUUCAUGACUGAUCCAUCUUUGCUCAAAUAAUGC